GGGUCCAAGUGGUUCCGAAAGGGACGCUGAUAAAAGCAAUGGACAUCAUGGAUACGUGGAAGCGCGGACGGAUAAUCUAUGCUUAUCUCAUAUGGGUCGUCUUCAAGGCUGCCACGGCGGGGGGGCUUUACGAUGCCAUGAAUUCGCUGGUGGAGGAGGUGGUCGUGGAGGCGGGGAAGACCGUCACGCUGGGCUGUCCGGGUGUGACGGAGGAUUCGCUGGUGCUGAUGCUCGAGUGGCGAGCGAACGGGAUGCGGCUGCUCGAGUAUAAGAGCAGAAGCACGACCGUCGUGCGGCACUAUCAGAACAGAAUGUCCCUGUCGUUGAAAAAUUAUUCGCUGCAGCUGCAUCCCGUCACCGCCGGCGACAGCGGUAUGUACGAGUGUCUCGUGAACAACCGGAAUGCGCCGGAAGCUGUGAUCAAGCUCAUCGUACGAGAUGUGCCCGAUCCACCGGAACGACCACUCGUCAUAAAUUACACGUCCAAGGCUGUGAAUAUAUCGUGGGCACCUGGUGUUAAUUCCCACAAUACUCCAAUUACGCAGUACGUCAUCUACACCCGCAUCGGGGAAAACGGUGCAUGGAACGGAACGAAGGAGAUCAUAACGCCGCACAACGAAACGUUUUACACCGUCGAGAAUCUAAGGCCGUUCACGGUGUACAGUUUCCGAGUGGCGGCGAUAAAUGCAUUAGGACGCAGCAAGGCCAGUCAAGCAUCCUACUAUAUGGUGACUCUUCGUGAAAUCCCAGAAGGAAAACCGACCAUCACCGCAGCUCAUAAUACCUCGGCGACGUCUAUUUAUCUGGCAUGGAAACCGCCGAAUCGUGACACCAUACACGGCGAGUUCCUCGGGUAUCGCAUAGGAUACCGACGACGCGAAAAAGCGGAUGAAGAAAUGAAAAAUAUUUAUAUCCGCGAUCCUGCUGUCGACAAUCACAGUAUUCACAAUUUGGAUACCUUUACGCAGUACCUUGUCUCCUUGCAAAUAUUCAACCCCGAGGGUCACGGACCGGCUUCGACUGUAACAGUGAUGACCGACGAAGGCGCUCCGACGAAGCCGGAGAAUCUCACCUCACGAGGAAUCACGGGCACCACCAUCGAACUCUCGUGGGCGGAGCCUGAGAACGCCAACGGUGUUAUCGCCGGAUAUCGCGUUUACUAUAUGCAUUCCAAUUAUACGGACGUGAAAAUGCAUCUGCCCGACAAAUCGGCGGACUCCUACGACCCGAACAUCGAUUUCGUCCUGAAAGAAUUGCAACCGCACACCGAAUAUAAGAUUUGGGUGAAGGCUUACACGCGGAAGAACGAGGGCGAGCCCUCGGAUCAAAUCAUCCGCAGGACCGACAUAGUAGGACCGAGUGCACCUCUGAUCUUGAAUUUAACUUGCCAUUCCGACGAAUCGGUCUACGUUCACUGGGCCAGGCCGGCCACCUUUUCCGAGUCGAUCGAUUACUAUUACAUCCACUAUCGAAAGGAAAAUGGAAGGACUUACGAGGAAGUGGAGCUACCAGCUGAGAAGAAUCAUCUCGAGAGCUCGACGCAUAUACCCAAUCUGACGAUGAACACCAUUUACGAGGUUGUGGUGCGGGGAGCCACCAAAAGCACAAUAGACAGCCGGCCUAUUCUAGGCGAGAGCUCCAUACCGGCGAAGGUGUUAGUCACCCGUGAUUGCGACAAGUUAUCGCCGAUGAGUAGCAAGAGCAGCAAAGAGCUGAGCGCGGGAGUGAUCGCCGGGAUGGUCUGCGCCUGCUUCGCCGUGAUGCUGGCGAUCAUGUCCUUCGUGCUGUGGAAACCGAUCUUUAGGAAAUGCUUCAACACUGCCUACUACUAUCUGGAUUAUCCGCCGCGAAAUGUUCCAACUCUUCAAGAAUGGGAGAACAGCGAGCAAGACGGCGAGCGGACCGCCGUCGCCGUCCAACAAUUCGUUCAACAUGUCGCGAGCCUACACGCCGACGGGGACAUCGGUUUCAGCAAAGAAUACGAGCUGAUACAGUCCGAAACCGGCGACUACACCGUGGAGAAUUCACAGUUCGCCGAGAAUAAGGCCAAGAACAGAUACCUGAAUAUACUCGCAUACGACCAUACGCGUGUACAAUUAUUGUCCUGCGGCGGCGGACCUCCGCGAAAGGGGCAGGAUUACGUUAAUGCGAAUUACAUCGAUGGUUGGCAAAGGGCGCGAGCUUAUAUCGGUACUCAGGGUCCGCUUCCUCCAACUUUCGAUGGCUUCUGGCGGAUGGUUUGGGAGCAGCGUGUAUCAAUAGUCGUAAUGAUCACCAAUCUGGUCGAACGCGGUCGUAGGAAAUGUGAUAUGUACUGGCCCAAGGAAGGUACCGAAACGUACGGUUAUAUUCAGGUAACUUUAGUGAGAGAGGACAUUAUGGCGACGUACACCAUCCGUACUCUCCAAAUUCGACAUUUAAAGAUCAAGAAAAAGAAAAAUGGGACCAAUGUGGGUGAACGUACUAUAUGGCAGUAUCACUAUACCGGCUGGCCUGACCACGGCGUGCCCGAUCACCCAUUACCCGUUCUGAGCUUUAUCCGUAAAUCGUCCAAUGCUAAUCCGCCCGACGCUGGGCCCAUCGUGGUCCACUGCAGUGCCGGCGUCGGACGUACCGGAACAUACAUUGUAAUCGACGCCAUGCUGAAACAAGCUAAGGCCAAGAACGAGAUUAAUGUAUUCGGUUUCCUCAAGCACAUCCGCACCCAGAGGAACUUCUUGGUUCAGACGGAAGAGCAGUACAUUUUCAUUCACGAUGCUCUGCAAGAGGCAAUCGAAAGCGGGGAGACCAAUAUCGACUCUAAUAAUUUAAUGCAGCACGUUCAAGACAUGCUGUGCCCAUCGAAUAACAAGACUGAUGCGUGGAACAACAUCGAAGCUCAAUAUAAGUUGGUAACGUCAUGGAAACCUAAGGACUUCAACCUUGUGUCCGCUACCAAAGCUUGCAACAUUCACAAGAAUCGUAACAUGGAUAUUAUUCCUAUUGAAAACUCGCGCGUUCAUCUGACGCCGAAACCCGGCGUCGACGGAAGCGAUUACAUAAAUGCAACCUGGGUUUCAGGUUUCCAGCGCAAUCGUGAAUUUAUCAUAACGCAGCAUCCGAUGGAAAACACUAUAAUGGAGUUCUGGCAAAUGAUGUGGGACCACAAUGCGCAGACCAUUGUCAUGCUGACUCAAUGCGACGAGGAAUAUCCGGAGUUUUGGCCCAUCGAAGGAAAGGAUCUGGAAUCCGAAACGUUCCGAGUGCGACUCUGCGGAACGAAAGAGACUGUAAACGGAACUAUUCUACUCGAAGUUGCAGUUCGGUCGUUGCAAGAUGAUUAUGAGCUUAGCGCUAGAAUCGUUCAAGCGCCAGCAAACCAGAAUGGUCUGUGGCCGCACAACAACAAUCCGAAAACUUUUGUUAAUAUAAUCCAGGACUUUCAUCGGGAUUAUCAGAAUGGUCCUAUCGUCGUGAUGGACAGGUAUGGCGGAGUCGAAGCUGCGCUUUUCGUUUUGUUGACCACCUUAAACAAACAACUGGAGUUCGAGCAAAGCGCCGACAUCUACAUGUUCGCAAAGUUACUUUAUAUGAAGCGACCUGGUGUUUUCCACUCAAAGGAGGAUUACGUGUUGCUGUACCAGUGCUUGGAAUCCAUGCUGUCGAUGAAGGGCCGCGCAGAGCCUGAUCUGUACGCCAUGGCGAAUGGACACGUCGCUACGCUGAACGAUCCGAACGAGAUCAGGUCGGCCUCAUCGAUUCAGCAUAUGUCGCUAGAUUAUCCAUCUAAGUCAUCCGUCAUUCGCGAAUACGCGACUGUAGAAGUCAGUUCGGAAUACAUCUCCGACUAUACCAUACCCAUACGCGUGGAUCACCCGAUCGAGUCGUCCAGCAGCCGUGGGAGCGAACCCUGCCUCUCCUCCCACGGCGGCAGCAACGAUCACGUAGUACCGGAGAAAAGCAUGGUGGUGUCGCAAAGAAACAUUAGCUACCAUAAUCACCCACCAUCCGGCGUAUCCGUAAUGGUCGAUGCUAAUGGUUAUAUCACAAAUGGCAGCAUGCGCGUACCCUCCGACAGUAUGGAGCCCAGUUGCAAGAUGAUGCCGCAAUGAUGCCGGCCUAUCUUCGGUUGCAGCGCACCUUCGCGACGGUCGGCCCCGCUGUAAUCGCACCUUUUUCCGCAAGUUUUAUCUCGACCUGUGGUGAGUGUCACCGAAAUGUGAAAUUCCUAUUCGCGGAACGACAGAUAUGACACUGAAGGAAAAAUAUCUGUUUCCUCGAGCAGACGGAUCCUCGCGUUCGCGCGACGGAGGUGAUAGUUUGUAUCCAAGGAAGAGAGCUGAAGGAUCUUUAAGCGGACUUCUUAGUGUACAUAGAGCUACGUGAAUGUUAAACGUGCGGGGGAAAGAAUUUUGAUAAAGGGACCUUCUUCUCGGCGCGAGAGCGGACAGUGCCAAACAAACAGACAGAAUUGCCGUCGAUGCACGCCGGGUGGGUGAUGCUUAUCUUAUCCGUCGCGUAAGUUUAUGUUGUUCUCAAUCACUGUAUAUAUUAUAUAUUGCUACAUAACACACACGCGCGCGCAGGCACAUAUGCG